GUUUUUAAUGACCAACAAGUUCUAUGGAAGCUCAGCUAGAAAUUGGUCCACUUUAGAUUCAGUUGAGAUUGUACAAGAUGGAGAAAUGUUUGCUAAAUUUAAUGUUUCUGCCAUCUCUGCUCCUGCAGAGUAUUCAUUUCAUUGUCAGCUGGUGGGAACAAGCAAUCUCUAUCCUGCAAGGCUGAUUCCAUCCAACAAUGAGGCAAAAAAUUGGGAUGUUUUCAUUUCCAAGUUGCAAAUUCAAGGCUUCAACAUUGAAAACCAGCAGUUUUCCUACGCAAGUGACUGUACAGACUUCUUCACUCCUGGAAUCUGGAUGGGCUUGGUGACAUCUAUAGUUUUACUGUGGAUCCUGGCCUAUGGAAUCCAUAUGAUCAUGCAACUCACAACAAACAGCAGAUUUGAUGAUCCCAAAGGUCCAGCUCUGUCAGUUCCUCAGACAGAAUAGUUAUGGAUUCAUUUAAUGCUGCUGCAGCUUAUCCUGGCCUGAUAUUUAUAAUUUUAAUAACCUUUUAUG